CUUUCUCAAACUCUCUCUUGCUCCUUUGAACCUUAUCAGGAGCGCCAUUGUGUUAGCCAUGGCCUCUUCUUCUUUGGUCCUCCCAUCUCUCUCCCUCAAAACUCUGGUUUUAUCUAAAGAGAAAAGCCCUUCCAUCUGUCUCUUUUCUUCCUCUCUGUCUUUGACAAAGGCCCAGAACACAUUCAUUUCAAUUUCCUCUUCGUUUUCCUUCGACAGAAGGUACCGCAGUCUAUCAUCUCGUUUUCUCCGAAAUGUAGCGGUUUCGUCGGACUUGGAGCAAGAGGAGGAGGUUUUGAGUGAUGAAGGUGAAGUUAAUUUUUCUCCUGACCUGAAACUAUUCGUUGGUAACCUCCCCUUCAGCGUCGAUAGCGCUAAACUAGCUGCUUUGUUCGAACAAGCUGGAAAUGUUGAGAUGGUUGAGGUAAUUUAUGACAAAAUAACUGGAAGAAGCCGAGGUUUUGGAUUUGUGACCAUGUCCACGGUUGAGGAAGUGGAAUCAGCUGUUCAGCAGUUCAAUGGUUAUGAACUUCAAGGGAGGGCAUUGAGGGUGAAUUCUGGACGUCCCCCUCGUAGGGAAGAUUACCCCACAAGGGGACCUCGAGGUGGGGCGAGUUUUGAUGCUCCUCACAGGGUCUAUGUAGGCAACCUUUCAUGGGGUGUGGAUGACUUGGCCCUUGAGACUUUGUUCAGUGAGCAAGGAAAGGUGAUGGAAGCCAAGGUGGUUUAUGACAGGGAAAGUGGUAGGUCAAGGGGUUUUGGAUUUGUAACCUAUAGCUCUGCUGAGGAUGUCAACAAUGCAAUUUCAUCCUUGAAUGGUGCUGACUUGAAUGGUAGACCAAUUCGAGUAACAAUGGCAGAAGCAAGGCCAAGACGUCAAUUUUGAUAGCCAUUAUCUUUUCAACUUCUGUAAGAGUGAAAGGAGUUAUGGUCAGGUGCUAAAUGGGUCGUUGAGAUGUAUUAACUACACGGCUCUUAGCCCCGCAAGCGCAUCUGGGUGUCAUUGCCAUCAACUUAACGUCACUUGAUUCAGGAUCAUCCAGCGACCAUAACGCUCUUGGUUUCUUGUGCUGUAUGUUUUCUAUAUUAGAUUUCUGUGUAGAAGAAAACAGUUUGUCAGCAAAAUUUGUAGCUUAUUUGGAUAAGUUUUCUGAUUAUUAAAUGGUUUUGGAAUUGGUUUUACGCCGUAAAAUGAAAGAGGAAAGCGCAACAUAUUGCAACUUUAUGGACAUUAUUU